CCUUUCUGAUUCCCCCAGGGCCUCGCAGGAGAGGGGACCUUUUGGCUCGAGGUGGCACCUGGGCUGCACCUGGGCUGGCGGUGGGACCAUGGUGAUGUUCUGGGAGCCUGUAGGAGCCUGGUUGGCCCUGGCCCUGGCCCUGGGUGCCAGCAUAGGUGCAGCAGCCCCACGGCAGGACUGCACGGGUGUCGAGUGCCCGCCGCUGGAGAACUGCAUCGAGGAGGCGCUGGAGCCGGGCGCCUGCUGUGCCACGUGCGUGCAGCAGGGCUGUGCCUGCGAGGGCUACCAGUACUAUGACUGUCUGCAGGGUGGCUUCGUGCGUGGCCGUGUACCCGCAGGCCAGUCCUACUUUGUGGACUUUGGCAGCACUGAGUGUUCCUGCCCACCAGGUGGCGGCAAGAUCAGCUGCCAGUUCAUGCUGUGCCCUGAGCUCCCACCCAAUUGCAUCGAGACUGUGGUGGCAGCUGACAGCUGCCCGCAGUGCGGCCAGGUGGGCUGCGUGCACGCUGGCCGCAAGUAUGCUGCUGGUCACACAGUCCACCUGCCACCGUGCCAGGCCUGCCACUGUCCUGACACUGGUGGUGAGCUCAUCUGCUACCAGGUCCCCAGUUGCCAUGGAGAUGCCAAGGCCAUGCCCACUGCCACCAGUGGGAACUUCUCAGAUGCUGAGGAGAAUGAACCUGAGCGACACUACGAAGACCCCUACAGUUAUGACCAGGAGGUGGCUGAAGCAGAAGCCGCAGCGGCUUUGGCAGGCGAGCUUCAGGCAAGCACAGGGGCCCCAGCCACCCUGGGAGGUGGAAGUCAGCCACUGUCUGCCAUCCAGGCCACCCCCUGGCUGGCCGUUCUCCUCAGGCCAACAGCGGCUGCUGCCCUGGGUCCGCCAGCUCCUGUUCAAGCCAAAGCCAGGAGAGUGAUGGAGGACAGCCAGGGGCCAGGGGAGGAGGAGAGGGAGGACAUCGCUGUCAGGGAGCCACUGGCAGCAGGUGGCCUUAGGGGGCUCGAUGGGCCUCCCGGUGCAGGCCCAGCCGAGCCCAGUCCCCCUUUGCAAGAGGAGAAGGCAGAUGCCAGGGCAAGGCCCGAAGAUAACCUUAUCCCAGAUGCCCAGGCCACCCCACAAAGUACUGGACAGGAGGGAGCCAGCCCCAUGCUGGGGUCAAGCACGGCCAGUGUCCUCCAGUCUCAGGCCACAUCGAGUUCUCCCGGAAACCCAACAAAGCCCAGCAGCCACACCAUCCUGACCACACCUCCCCAUGAGGCCACCCAGGUCCCACCUAUCCAGGAAGUGCCCAAGCAGCCACCAGCUCUGCCCCAUCUUCGGCCAGAGGAGGACACUGACCCCAACUCUGUCCAUUCUGUCCCCAGAGGUGACCCUGAAGUCUCCACAAAGGACCUGAUCGAGACUUGCUGCGCAGCUGGACAGCAGUGGGCCAUCGACAAUGACGAGUGCCUGGAAGUCCCUGAGAGUGGCGCUGAGGGUGAUGUCUGCAGGACAGCUCAGAAGCACUGCUGUGCAUCCUACCUGAAGGAGAAGAGCUGCAUGGCCGGUGUUGUGGGGGCCAAGGAGGGCGAGGCCUGUGGGCUUGAGGACAGUGACACCUGUGGCAUCUCCUUGUAUAAGCAAUGCUGUGACUGCUGUGGCCUGGGGCUCCGUGUGCGGGCUGAGGGCCAGUCAUGCGAGUCCAACCCCAACCUGGGCUACCCCUGCAACCACGUCAUGCUUUCCUGCUGUGAGGGUGAAGACCCCCUUAUCGUGCCUGAGGUUCGCCAGGCUCCAGAGCCUGAGUCUGCACCACAGAGAGUUUCAGAGGUGCAGUUGGGGAGCCGGGAGGCCCUGUCACUGGGCAUGGAGACUGAGCUGCCCAAUAGCCUGCCCGGUGAUGACCAGGAUGAGUGCCUGCUCCUCCCGGGGGAGCUUUGCCAGCACCUCUGCAUCAACACUGUGGGCUCUUACCACUGUGCCUGCUUUCCCGGCUUUUCACUGCAGGAUGACGGCCGUACCUGCCGCCCAGACAAUGGCCCCUCACAGCCAGCGGCUGCAGAGGAGUCUGCACUGAGGUCAGAACCCUCCCAAGCGGCCCCCAACACCAUCCUGCUACCACGGCCACAACCCAACACCUGCAAAGACAAUGGGCCUUGCAAGCAGGUGUGCAGCAUUAUUGGAGACACAGCCAUGUGCUCCUGCUUUCCCGGCUAUGCCAUCAUGGCGGAUGGUGUGUCCUGUGAAGACCGAGACGAGUGCCUGCUGGGUGCUCACGAUUGUAGCCGGCGACAGUUCUGUGUGAACACCCUGGGAUCCUUCUACUGUGUCAACCACACAGUGCUCUGUGCCCAGGGCUUUAUCCUCAACGUGCACAGGAAGUGCGUGGACAUCAACGAGUGUGUGACGGACUUGCACACGUGCAGCCGGGGUGAGCACUGCGUGAACACAGUAGGCUCCUUCCGCUGCUACAAGGCUCUCACCUGCCAGCCGGGCUACACUCUUGAGGAAGGCGAGUGCACAGAUGUGGACGAGUGUGAGCUGGGCACGCACAACUGCCAGGCGGGCUUCACGUGCCAGAACACCAAGGGUUCCUUCUACUGCCAGGCGCGGCGCUGUAUGGAGGGCUUUCUCCAGGACCCCGAGGGCAACUGUGUGGACAUCAACGAGUGUACAUCACUGUCUGAGCCAUGCCGCCCUGGCUUCAGCUGCAUUAACACGGUGGGAUCCUACACAUGCCAGAGGAACCCACUGCUCUGCAGACGUGGCUACCACGCCAGCCAGGAUGGGACCAAAUGUGUGGAUGUGAAUGAGUGUGAGACCCAGCGCUGCAGCCAGGAGUGCGCCAACAUCUAUGGCUCCUACCAAUGCUACUGUCGCCAAGGUUACCAGUUGGCCGAGGAUGGGCACACCUGUACAGACAUCGACGAGUGUGCUCAGGGUGCCGGCAUCCUUUGUGCCUUCCGCUGUAUCAACGUGCCAGGGAGCUACCAGUGUGCAUGCCCAGAGUGGGGCUAUACCAUGAUGGCCAACGGCAGGUCCUGCAAGGACGUGGACGAGUGUGCACUGGGCACCCACAACUGUUCUGAGGCCGAGACCUGCCACAACAUCGAGGGCGGCUUCCGCUGCCUGCUCUUCACGUGUCCUCCCAACUACAUCCGAGUCUCUGAAACGAAAUGUGAGCGCACCACGUGCCAUGACUUUUUGGAGUGCCAGAGCUCGCCAGCUCACAUCACGUACUAUCAGCUCAACUUCCAGACUGGUCUCCUGGUGCCGGCUCACAUCUUUCGCAUCAGCCCGAUGCCCGCCUUUGCUGGGGACACCAUUGCCCUCACCAUCACCCGAGGCAACGAGGAGGGCUACUUCGGCACACGCCGGCUCAAUGCCUACACCGGUGUUGUCUACCUGCAGCGGUCAGUGCGUGAGCCCCGGGACUUCGCCCUGGACGUGGAGAUGAAGCUCUGGCGGCAGGGCUCUGUCACCACCUUCCUGGCCAAGAUGCACGUCUUCUUUACCACCUUUGCCCUGUGAGGUGCCUGCCUGAGCGCCUGUGCAGGGCCGUAGCACUUGGGGUGCCCCUGAUGGUCCCUGUGGCACCCUCCACACCACCCUCCAGUGCACCUCUUUCUGUGGGUGCUCAGCACCGCGUGAGUGGGGCCUGGUUAUCAGGGUGGUUUUUGCUACAACUGGAAAAUAGCCUAAUUUUGCUGAAUGGAUUCCUCUCAGGUUCCUGGGAGGGAUCUUGGCAGCAGGAGGUCGAAAGCAACUCAAGGCACUUCAGGUGCCUGUGGGUGGAGUGAGAGGACUAAAGGCUACAUGACGAUUAAAGGCGGGAAACAGACCACGUGGGGCUUUGGACUCAACUGGAUGGCCUGUCCCCAGUGUUGAUAUUCUAUUUCAUGUUUCACUGUGAUUACUUCUCCACUUUAAAAAACCAUCUUAAGUGUUUUUGUUUAAUUAUAAAAGUAGUGCACAUACACUGCAAAAAAUUUCAAAUAGUACAAAAAGGUUAUAAAGUAAAAAGUGACAAAAGAAAAACCCUUACUUCUGUCAA